AAAAGAUCUUUAAUUUCUCCAUGGAUUAAAUAGUUUUUGUUUUAUACAACAACUCUUUACAUUUACAAUUGGUAUUGUAAAAUAAACUAUUUCAAACAUUCAGCAGGAACUGUACCAGGAGGUAGUGUUCGAAAACCAGUCAUCCCAAAAGGGGCUUGCUCUCAGACUCAUGCAUGUCCCCACAACUUUUGACAAGGCACUCUCAUAGAUUUUAACGUGCAGCUGCACAGCUCCCUUCAGGAAACGAAAAAAAUAAAAUAAAAAUGGUUCUACUAGCAAAAUGAUACAAGUCACAACUAGGCUUUUAUUACUUGCCCAGGAGUUAUAGUGUUGUAAUUCAUCUAUGGACAACCAUGUCUUCCACUUAACACAUGUAGACCAGAAUUGGGCAUAAAUUGUCCAAAAGUACCGGUCAAUGUUUUUUGGUGCAAAGCAACAAUAAAAGUUUUUUUCCCCCUAUAUGUAGCAAAUUAUGUACAGUCAUUUCUAAAGCAAACAGCAUAUACAAGUGAGCAGCUUGUUUCAGCACCAAAUUAAACCAUGUUUCUUUUAACAAAUGCUGAGCAAAGUAUGUUACAACUUGUUUCCAUUGUUUUAACAGGAGUGCAAUUAAAUGUUUUUGAAUAGCUAAGGAACUCUUGCAAGAGUAUGGUCAAAACAGCUUGUGCACAAUAGGUAAAUCAGGUUGACAAAGUUCAUAAUUGCACAAUAUCCCUUUCUUUAAAGCCAUCUUAGAUGAGACUUUCCCCCUACCAGAAGGAGAGAGAGAGAGGACAACCAAAUCAUCCUCAAAAUAACACUCACACAAGUCUCAGCUAAGAAAAAGUGCAAAAUAUCAUGCAGACAUGGUAAUUCACUAUGGUGCAUGAUGAUGUGAAUGACUUUUUUUUGUUUUAACGUCCAUACUGUCAAACUGGGAGAUAAAAAAAUAAAAUAAAAGUCUCCUGGGUAGCUAUAUUUUCAGCUUGGCUCUAUUGGCCUAAAGUGUAAAAUUUCCUUUUAAUUCCAGACCACACAAGGAACAAAGUAAAUAACCUUGAAAGAGUGUAGUCCAGUGGUUCCCAAACCAGUCCUCGUGGAAGCCCUACCAGUCCAGGAUUUAGGGAUCACUCUGUUGUGUCCAAGGUGUUUUUUUCCCCCCUUUUCUUUUUUCUAAAAAACAAUACCUUAGAUACAACUGGGUAAUCCCUGAAUCCUGGACUGGUAGGGCAGGGGUUCCACGAGGAGGAACUGGUGUAGUCAGCAGAGCGUGGGUGUCAAGUGUCUUGUUUCCACCAUAACAACUUAAUACAGACUGCUACCUGUGGACCCCAAACAGAUGGGUUUGGUAAAGCGAGUAAUGUCCCCAGACCCCCAGCACGGGGGGCAGGACAUUGUGUAAGGGCAGGUUUCUGAGCAGCUGGGGUCAUUUCAAUGAGAAGAAGAAGGCAGCGGCGGUGAGGAAGAGCAGCAGGGCGGACACCUCGCUCAGCUGGUGGAAGGGGUAUUUCUGGCUGGGCUGUCUCCGCACUCUCUCCAUGUAGGCCCUGCGGGCUCUCUGCAGCCGCUCCCUCUCCAGCUGCUCCCCGUAGUGGGCCUGGUAGAAGGCGUCGAAGUUGAACAUGGCCUUGGAGGGGGUCCUGGGGCUGCUGCUGCCCUCCGUGCGGCCCGCGGGCCCUGUCCUGGCCGGGCUGCCCGCCCUCCCGCUGGGCUUGCCGGCGUUGCGGGCCUCCUCCAGGCUCAGCACGCCCAGGUCGUACUUCUUCCUCAGGCUGAGGCUGCCCAGCACGUGGUAGGCCUCGGUCACCUCCCCGAAGCGCAGUGCGGCCUCCUCGCUGCCGGCGUUGCGGUCCGGGUGGAAGCGGAAGGACUGCUUGUAGUAGGCGGUCUUGACCUGGGCCUGGCUGGCGCCGCUGCUCACCCCCAGGAUGUCGUAGUAGGCCGUGCGGGAGCGCAGCAGGGGCGGCGCGGGCCGGGGGCCGUUUCGCCGGUGGUUGUUGUUGUUGUUGGCCGCCCCGAGCCGGGGGCCCUGGCUGAGACCGCGCACUGACAGCCAGGCGGGGGCCAGCCCGGGGGAGAGCCCCAGGAGGCGGUGUUCCGUCAGAUUACUAUACCUUGUCAGAAUGGUAUACCGGAAGUGACGCGGCCGCACCGGAAGUGACGCGGCCGCACCGGACAUGACGUUUCGGAGCUGGAGAAGGAGGAGCGCCGCGCCGCGCAGGCGCAGAAGAACAGGUAGGAGAAAAUUUCUACCACGCUAGAGAGAGGAGCCCACCUACUGCGCAUGCGCGAACCCCACAUUGCGCCUGCGCUUGGAGCCACAAAGGGGGGGGAGGUAGGGGCGCUAACGGGCCAGUGCGCACGCGCGCCUAAGUACUCCCGUCGGGCACAGACAGCGGGAUACACCGCGCGUGCGCACCAGCGGGCAGGGAGAUCGAUUCAGCUGAACAUUCAUCCGAUCUCCCUGCCCCACACUGCGCACGCGCCUACCCAGCCACGGACGCGCAUGCGCACUGAGGGGGUAUAGAAAUCUGAUGGCCAUAUCUUCUGCUAAGAAAUCUCCUACCCCUCAGUGCGCAUGCGCGGUGUCUGCACUGGAUCCUGACAUCCAUCAGUAAGCUCCCAACACUCUCAGCCAUCAGGGGGGACCCCAUGAUACACAUGUUCUUUAUUAUUAAUAUUCCCCACGAUGUAUAAUGCAUGUAAGGUAGAUGAAGGUAUAUUUAUAUCUCUUGUGCCCAUCACAGGAUACUUCCUUACCAUCUAUAUAUCAGAGCUGACUUGCCUUUGGCACUGCAGCUGCUUUGCUUUGUGUCUGGGAUGGUUUGGCAGUCACCUGGUUAAAGGGACACUCCAGUGCCAGGAAAACAAAUCAGGUCCCCUCUCCCUCCCACUCCCCAUCCCAUGUUGCUGAAGGGGUGAAAACCCCAUCAGUGACUUACUUGAGACCCCCCGCUGAUGUCCCUCAGCGGUGGUUUAGGGUCCGCCCACGCUCCUCCCCCGUCAGCCGCACGCACAUUAGCCCUCCCCAUAGGAAAGCAUUGAAAAUGCUUUUCAAUGCUUUCCUAUGGGGAUUUUAGCAACACUGGAGGUCCUCACACAGCGUGAGGACGUCCAGCAACGCUAUAGCACAGAAAACCUGUGCUAGAAACCAGGAAGUGCCCUUUAGUGGCUGUCUACUAGACAGCCACCAGAGGAGGAGUUAACCCUGCAAGGUAAUUAUUGCAGUUUAUAAAAACUACAAUAAUUACACUUGCAGGGUUAAGGGUCGUGGGAGUUGGCACCCAGACCACUCCAAUGGGCAGAAGUGGUCUGGGUGCCUGGAGUGUCCCUUUAAGUAUCUAACUGUUACAAAGGUGGAGUGCCAAUGUUUUUAGAAUGUUCCCAAUAUCUCCAAAAGCUGAUUUGGAGAAUGUACUUGGUUAGCUGUUUGGGUAGUAACUCGUCUUUUUUUCUUUUUCAGUUUUAUAAUGAAGCCGAAGCAAGAAAAUACACCCAGAAGUAAGUUGUAUUUACAUUUGGUUUUAUUCUCUAUCAUAUAUUUUUAAUAUACGUAUAUUUAUGUGCGAUCUAUUUUUUUUUUCCUGAACAGUUCCCGAAUGAUGGAAAUUCAGACGCAGAUGUCUGAACGUGCGGUUGAGCUUCUGUGUUUGCCAGAGGAUCAGCCUUGCCUUCUUUUGGAUGUUGGGUAUGUUACUUUUGAGAAGUCAUUUACCUUGUUCUAUUAACUAUUUGACAAAAAACACACCGUUCCUGGUCCUGCCAUUCUAGCAUGACAUCAGGGCUAUUCAUCAUAGUGUGAAUUGUUAGGGAUGCAAAAUGAAUGUGAAGUAAAUUUCAAAUUUUAGACAAAAAUAACCAAACUGGAAAAUUUCUCCAGGAAAGAUUUAUUAAACGUGCAAUUUGACAUUCACUUUGAAUUACCAGCAAUUCACCUUUGAGUAAAUAACCCUAACUUUGUGUAACUAUCCCAAAAUAAUAAUCUUCAGCUUUGUUAAAGGGUUACUCCAACCAAAAAGAGUGUUUUAAUACAAACUGUUUUUGGAUGAACUAACCCUUGCUGGUAUGCCCAUCCCUUAAAAAAAAUGGAAAAAAAUAUUCCUCCUCUUUCUAUCACCCACCAAAGCCAAGUUCUCUCUCAGUCCCAUCAUCCUCCAGUGAUGUCAUUUCCCCUCCAUGUAGAUGGAAAGAUGUCAUGGAAAACAGGUUGAGACUGUCAGUCACCAGCAUGCAAUGGCUAAUGAUGCUGCCAGGUGUGCAUACAACCUCUGGCAGCACCACUAAAAACACUGUAUGUGCACAGUUUUAAAACUAAUAUGUUGCACACACAGACUCCAAGUACCAUCAAUUCAAAUCAUUGAAUUAUUCUUGGUGCUUGGAAUUGCCUCUUAAAUGUGUUUCAGCACCCAGAACACGGUCAUUAUGACCUAUGCGUUGAUUCAGCAAUCAGAUUCACCAGUAGGCAAACGUGAUUGGUUCCCAAUCUCCCUGCAAACAAAACAUUGAUCUGUAUGAAUUAUAUUGGGGAUUUUUUAUUUUAUUUUGUUUGUAAUUAUUUAAGGAUAUAUAAUGUAAAUAGAUUUGAUAAAUCAUUAUAGCCCUACAUAUAUGCUUACAUGAAUAUGGGACAGCCAUUAUUGCACACAUUUUACACACAUUGAUGCAGUUCACGUUUAUAUAGUGUAAACAUAUCCUGCAGUGCUUUACAAUUAAAGAAAGCGGAUAAUUAGAGGCGGAUAAGGCCCUGCUAAAAUGACCUUAUAAGUUCCUGAAACGCAACAUAUAUUCAUAUAUUGCUGCAUUUAUGUUAAUACUAUUUUACUUUUUAUUGUACGUCAUGUCUAUGUUCACAAAAAAAGGCUUAAAGUUUCCUGUAACUAAAACAGGUGUUCACGCUGAUUAUAUAUUUUUUGCCCUCUCUAGCUGUGGUUCAGGCCUGAGUGGAGAUUACAUCUCUGAAGAAGGACAUCAUUGGAUUGGCAUAGAUAUCAGCCCUGCCAUGUUGGGUUUGUCAUCUUGAUUUAACCUUAUGCUCAAAUGAUAAUGGUCUUUUCUUGGCAUAUUGUAAAUCCCAGCUUCUAUUUGUUUUUUUAGAUGUGGCAUUGGAUCGUGAGGUGGAAGGGGACCUGAUCAGAGGAGACAUGGGACAAGGAAUCCCAUUCCGUCCCGGCACCUUUGAUGGCUGCAUCAGGUGAGAAUAUUUGGAAGGUCAUUACUGAGUAACAUAGCCUCUUGUACACAAAAUAAUACAAUAUACACAGACCAAUACAAAAGAGAAAAAGGACACUGUACAUGAGAUGAGUUCUAGCCAUUGAAACUCUUUUAUACAGAGUACCUAGUUAUGUAGCCCAUGAGCUUAUAAUCUAAAAGACGUAAUGGGAUGUUGAGAGGGAAUUUGGAAGUGAUGGCCAGAGAAAUUAAAGGAAAGUUACAGCCACUGUUAAUUUGUAAGUGGAAUGAGGGGGUAAUUGAGUAAAAUCCCAAGCAGCUGGAGGAGCAUGCUAUAAAUCUAGAAGGAAUCUGUGUGGCUGAGCAGAUAGUGCUUAGAGAAAAUGAACUGGCUGAUACAGCAACACACAAAUACACCCUUACAUUCACACUCCAUGCAAAAAUAUGCUUACAUUCAAACACGCAAACAAUGCUAAGUGCUAAAUACAUUAAAUAGUAAAUCCUCAGCAUUGGGGCAUUGUAGAAGAGAUGUGGAGCCAUUUUUGCUAUAGCAGGGCCCCCCAAAAAAUUCUUGCACCAGGGUCCUCUCUACUUUUUCUCCACUCAGUCAAGUCACACUAAAAUAGUUUGACUACUUACAAUGUGGGAUAGCAGGGCACGGGUAUCAUAACCACUACAGCGCACUGAAGUAGCUAUGGUGCCUGGAGUGUUCCUUUGAUAUUCUGAUCUGGUGCUCGCCCAUUGCUUGCUGUGUCUAUUCUAAUGUGCGAGGUCAUAAGCAAAGCAGGAUGCGCAAUAAUAGACUGCAUGUCCUCAUGCUUCUUAAUUAAACUUCACAAACAGAAGUUCAAGGAUUAUAGAAGUACAGAACUCCUUAAACAUUCGUUCAAUGAAAUCUUGAGCUGUAGCUUAGAUGAUGAUAGGUUACUGAAAGGUUUUGUAUUGUUGAGUAACUGGUAUGUCUCUUCCUUUGUUAGCAUUUCAGCGCUGCAAUGGCUCUGUAAUGCGGAUAAAAAGACUCACAGUCCACCACGACGUCUCUACCGAUUCUUCUCCACUCUUUACUCUUCUCUGGUAAGUGUCAGAUUCCGAUAAUUGUUAGUUGGAGGGUAUUGAUAAUAGGAAAAAAAACCACCUUAACAUAUUUUCAUUUGGUUUACUACUUCCUAUUAUAAAAUCAUUUGCACUAGUUUGCAUACUGUUCAUCAAGAACAUUAUAUUUAGACACUUUUUGUGUUUCACAGCUUGGUCACUUAUUUUACCUUUUUAUCUCUUCGCUAUUGUUGGAGAAUAUUGGUUACACUGGCACCACUGUACACUUCUAAAGCUAAAGGAACACUAUAGGCACCAAGACAACUUUAGCUUAAUGAAGAAGUUUUGGGAUGUAGAUCAUUCCCCUGUAGUGCCACUGCUAAAUUCUCUGCUAUUUAGGAGUUAAAUCACAUUGUUUAUACAGGCCUAGCCUCACCUCCCUGCAUGUUACUUGCACAGCCUUCCAUAAACACUUCCUGUAAAGAGACAUGUAAUGUUUAAACUUCCUGUAUAGCAGAGUCUGUUUAAUUUGGCAGAACAUUGAGCAGGGGCAUGAUCUAUAUGCCAAAACUCAAUCCGACAACAUAUUGUUUCUUCCUAGUUGUUUAUCUCUGUGAGGCUAAACUCCAGAGACAGACAAUUGCCCAGAGCAACUGCUUGCAAUUACUUCCUAUUGAGCUGCAUUGGGAAGUUUGUGAUUAAGCAACCAUGGAAAGUCUGGGCUGGGGAAAAAGUGGAGGGCUUACAAGGGCUUCAGACAAGAGGUCUUCAGGUUUUGUAAUUUUUGUUAGAUAGUCCCUCAAUGAAAAAGAUACUUAAUCGCAUGCAUGUUUUCAUUGGAGGUGUAUCUACUAAAGAGUAAGUCACUUCUUUUUAAUUUACUAAAAGGGACAUUAUAGGCCAGGGGUCCUCAAACGCCGGCCCCCCAGAUGUUGCUGAACUACAACUUCCAUGAUUCUAGCUUGGAGGAAAGACGAGACAGGGGGGAUAUGAUAGAAACAUUUAAAUAUAUAAAGGGAAUCAACACAGUAAAGGAGGAGACUAUAUUUAAAAGAAGAAAACUACCACAACAAGAGGACAUAGUCUUAAAUUAGAGGGACAAAGGUUUAAAAAUAAUAUCAGGAAGUAUUACUUUACUGAGAGGGUAGUGGAUGCAUGGAAUAGCCUUCCAGCUGAAGUGGUAGAGGUUAACACAGUAAAGGAGUUUAAGCAUGCAUGGGAUAGGCAUAAGGCUAUCCUAUCUAUAAGAUAAGGCUAGGGACUAAUGAAAGUUUUUAGAAAAUUGGGCAGACUAGAUGGGCCGAAUGGUUCUUAUCUGCCGUCACAUUCUAUGUUUCUAUGUUUCUCUGGCUAUCUAUGCAAUUCAAAGAAUCAUGGGAGUUGUAGUUCAGCAACAUUCGGGGGGUUUGAGGUUGAGGACCACUGCUAUAGGCAAUAUAACCCUUUCAUCUCAUUGAAUUGAUUAUAGUGCCACGAGGUGUGGAUUUUAGACCUCACAAAUGCAUAUUUGUUAAAUGAAGGGAUAUUGUUUCCAUUGAGCAGGCACAGUUUACCAUAAAAAUGGCUGAUUUAUUAUAAUGUUUCGUGUAACAAUAUAUUGGGUGCAACCUUGUAUCGCUUUAAGAUCUCUAAACUGACGUAACAACCCCUGAAAAGAAAAAACAGCGCAUAUAUGCAACUCAAAAGUCUUUACUUCCUGACUGAAAAAAUGUCUAUGUUUAGGUGUUGGUUGAAUUUCGCAUAGUACAAAAUAUUACAGUAAAUACCUCAUCAUAGUUUGGGACAGUUUGUAUAGUACCAUGAUACAGCUAUGAGUGUGAUCGAGCUGUUAUGGAAUAUUCUGACUGGGGACUGUAAGUUGUAGUCUCCAAAUGAGCCAUCCUGGUCAUUUCUAUGUUUAUCUUGUAGGCUCGAGGAGCGAGGGCUGUUCUGCAGCUGUAUCCAGAGAAUUCAGAACAGGUAAGUUGUGGUGUUUGACUGUUCAGGCUAUUUUUUUCCUAAUUUUUUUUUUUUUUUUUUAAUUAAUCUAUUUGUCAUACCUGACUGUCCAGGUAUGCUACAGCCAAAACAUGCCUUGCAAAUUAGUUUAACUAAAGGAGUGCCUGAACACCCAUGUUCUUGUAUGACCUUACCUAGUAGAUGCCCAACUUGAUUGAAGCAUCAUAGGGCAAGACUCUCUGAGCACCUUAAAGGGACACCUUAGGAACUAUAGACAUUUAAUUUCUGGGAUUUGUUAAUAGUCUCCGGAGUACCCUGGCACUCUCUCCAUUCAAUGUUAAACUAUUUUCGAGCAGUUUAACACUAAAUAAAUUAUUGGCCACCUACAGCCCAGCUCCUGCUAGAGGUAAAGCUAGGGCAGAGAUUACACACUGCUUUUUAGACCUACACAGUCACACUGGCAAUGAGCGCACUAAGGGUAAAAGGAGCCAAUCUAAUACUUAAUUAGCCCACAGGAGGGAUGGGCUUCUGGGGGCUCUUGUUUAUCUUUUAAAUAUAAAAACAACGUAAGUUUUUAAUACUGAAUGAGAGGGUGGAACCAGGGGCCUUCAGACACUAUAACCACUUUAAUUAGAUGAAGCGAAUACAGUGUAUGUAAAUAAUUUUUUAACUUGCCUUAUAUCCGUUCCAAGUACAUUGAAUGCAUUAUGUAUCUCAGAAAUACAUGAUGUAUUCAAUGUAAACUAUUAUGAUGUACUCUCGUUACCUCCGUUCUAGCGCACCAUCUUCCACCUCUGGUCCGCCCACACUCCUUCCGCAGUCUUCUGUGUUUUUCCAUGUUUUGAGACAAACCUCCUGAUGCCAGCAUGCUGACUUUGUAGUCAGUCCCUCCAAUUUCAUAGCAACUACGGGCAGUGGUUGCUGUGUGUGUGAAGUGCUGAAGGACCACCUGUGGGGGUUCUUUUCUGCUCGUAAUGCUCUGUCAGAUGUCCACCAGUGAACUCCAUUCUUAUGUUUCCACGUCACCUUCUCAAUGAUCCCUUCUUUGUUUCUUUCCACUCUAUGUAUCUCUAAUAUCCUACAAACUACUCUCUUCCUCUGUUUUCUUUGCAGCUGGAAUUGGUUACUGCACAGGCAAUGAGAGCUGGCUUUACCGGUGGAAUGGUUGUUGAUUAUCCCAACAGUACCAAAGCUAAGAAGUAAGUGCAAACUAUGCUUGUGUAUCUACAACCAUUAUGAAUAAUCUAUGACAGAGCACAAAGACUCUAGUAUCCAGUGUGUGUGUGUGUAUUUGUGGAUUGUUAUAUGUACUUGUGGAAUACCAAAAUACAGAUAAGUGUGUUCUUUUAAGGACUUGCCAUAAACAGGAUGCUACAUGUUGUUUUUUUUUUUUUUAUUAAAGGAAACUUUUUACAUAGGAAGUGUGUGUGUGUAUUUUAUCCUCAUAAUGUCAAACCAUUUUAGCUUAAUGAAGUAGUUUGGUUGUACUGAUCAUGUAUCUGCAGUCUCACUGCUCAAUUCUCUGCCAUUUAAGAUAUAAAUUACUUUUGUUUCUGUUUAUGCAGUUAUCCUCCCCUGACUGUGACCGACAAAGCAUGAAUGAAAAAUGUUUUCAUUUCCGAUCAGAUGUAACUUACUUUAGAAGUUUUUGUCUCUUGCUCUGUAAAUUGAACUUUAAUCACAUACAGGAGGCUCCUGUAGAUUCUAAAAGGAUAUUAACAGUGCAGGAAAUAAGGAAUCCUAAAUCUAACAGAAUUUGCAAUAAAGGUGUAAACAUUAGAUGACUUAUAACAGGAAGUGUCUAGGAAGGCUGUGUAAGUCACAUGCAGGAGAGGCUAGGACUGCAUAAACAAAGUAAUUUGACUCCUAAAUGGCAGAGAAUUGAGCAGUGAGACUGCCGGGGUAUGAUCUAUAUACCAAAAUGGCUUUGUUAAGUGAAAGUUGUUUUGGUGACUAUAGUGUAACUUUUGAUGUUUUGAUUUUUUCCCCCAGCAGAUUGCACUGUUUCUGAGAACUGCCUGUGAUCUUUCAUUCUGUGUUUUGAUUCUCCACCUGUUUUAAAUAAGCUCAUUCUUAUAAAGUAUUUGCAAGGCACAGAGACAGACAUAUAGUUUUCACUGAAUACUAGGAGGAAAUUUUUGUUUCUUUAUUACAUAUUAAAUUUGUAUUCCAUAUGCACAGUAUAAUGGUUUCUUUUAUUCCUGCAAUUUUAUUUUAGUUAUUUUGAUUCCACUGAAGAGGUGGAUUUAGAUGUAUCUUCAAAAUUGCCAACAAUGGUAGUGGGUGUAAAAAACGCAAUGUUUCAACUGAGCAAAAUCCAUAACAUUGUGUUCUUUUAACAUGGACAUAUAUCCGACUAUAUGUAAUAUUUGUGGACUGAUGCAGUGCAUUAUCUGUUUUACUUAUCCAUUCAUCUCUGUUCUGUCUAGGUUUUUCCUGUGUCUCUUUGCAGGAGUUGCAGGAGUAUUACCUAAGGUAAGUUUUGAUUAUGGUUGUAAUCUGGGGCUUUUUCUCUAAACAGUAAUCACAUCCAUCUUAUUGUGCCAAAUCUGAAGCUAGUUGCGAUGUGCUGGUGGCGAGGCCUGGUCCCGGCACCAGAAGGAGCUGACAUUCUUCUUACAUAGGCUGAAAAGAGACUUGUGUCCAUCGAGUUCAGCCUUCCUCACGUCUGUUUUUUUGCUAUUGCUCAAAAAGAAGGCAAAAGAAAAAAACAGUUUGAAACACUUCCAAUUUUGCAACAAACUAGGAAAAAAAUCCUUCUUGAGCCAAGAAUGGCAGUCAGAUUUAUCCAUGGAUUGAGAAACUAUUAGCCUACAACUGAAAAAUUAUAUCAUUACAUAUUAUGUUUUUUGCAAGUAUGCAUCUAGUUGCUGUUUAAAAAUCUGUACAGACACUGAUAAAACUACUUCUUCAGGGAGAGAAUUCCACAUCCUUACUGUUCUUAUGGUAAAAAAACAAAAACUUUCCUUUGCCUUAGACAAAAUCUUCUUUCCUCCAGUCUAAACGCAUGACUGAUUGAGGAUUGAGCACAGCCAGUUUGUUAAAGGGACACUAUAGUCACCAUAACAACUUUAUCUUAAUGAAGCAGUUUACGUGUAUAGAUAAUGCUUCUAUCGUUUCACUGCUCAAUUCAGGAUUCCUUUUAGGAAUUAAAUCACUUGGUUUCUGUUUAUGCAGCCCUUGCCACACCUCCCUUGGCUGUGACUGACACACAGUUUUUAUCUCCUGCUCUGUAAAUUGAACUUUAAACACUCUCUGGAACCUCCUGCUAGCUAUAGCAAGCUAUUAAAAGAGCAGGGAAAUCUAAAUUAAACACAAUUUGCAAUAAAGGAAAUGUAAACAUUAGAGGACUCUUUAGAGGACGUGUUUAGGUAGAAUGUGUAAGUCACAUUCAGGUAGGUGUGACUAGGGUUGCAUAAACAAAGUGAUUUAACUCAGGAUGAGAAUAUCAUUAUGCCUUUUUAUAAAUCAUUGGUAAGAGCACAUAUUGAAUAUGCUGUGCAAUUUUGGGCACCCUUUCUAAAGAAGGAUAUUAUAGUAUUAGAAAAAGUGCAGAGGCGGGCUACAAAAUUAAUAAAAGGAAUGGAACAUAUCAGCUAUGAAGAAAGGUUAACAAAUUGAAACCUCUUUAGUUUAGAAAAACGUCGCCUGGGAGGGGAUAUGAUGACAUUAUUCAAAUAUAUUCGGGGCCAAUACAAACCAUUGUGUGGAAAUCUGUUCACAAACCGGACUUUACAUAGGACACGAGGUCAUGCAUUUAGACUGGAAGAAAGAAGAUUUUGUCUAAGGCAAAGGAAAGGUUUUUUUUUUUUACUGCAAGAACAAUAAGGAUGUGGAAUUCUCUGCCUGAAAAAUUGGUUUUAUCAGAGUCCAUACAGAUGUUCAAACCGCUACUAGAUGCAUACUUGCAAAAACAGAAUAUUCAAGGAUAUAAUUUUUCAAUGUAGGGUAAUAACUGCUUGAUCCAAGGAUUAAUCUGACUGCCAUUCUGGGGUCAAGAAGGAAUUUUUUCCUAGCUUGUUGGUUUUUUUUUUUUUGGCAUUCUUUUGGAUCAACAGCAAAAAAAAAAUGUGAGAAAGGCUGAACUUGAUGGACACAAGUCUCUUUUCAGCUAUGUAACUCCUAAAUGGCAAAUAACUCAACAGUGAGACUGCAGGGGUACCAUUUAUACACGAAAACUGCUUCAUUAAGAUAAUGUUGUUUUGGUGACAAUAGUGUCCCUUUAAACAUGCACUGAUUAUUGGGAGAUAUGUUAGCUCUCAGAUCAUGGGGGUUGCACAAAGUUUAGAUAAACAGUGAUAGGAAGUUUGCUCUAUAUUUUCUUCCACCAUCUCCUACCUGCAUUCCUUAGGCAGCUGGAUGUGUGGGAUACUAAUUCUAUAUGAUAGACUAUGCUGUGUGUGAUGUGAGUGGUCCAUUAUGUGACAGGAGGUGAGCACAUAGUUUUAAUAAAUUAGAAUGUGUCUGUAACAUUCGCAUUUAGGCUGGUUUACAUAUUCAAUGUACCGUUUAGAGUCAAUGCCUUGUUGAUGGAGUAGGGCUGAAAAUAACUUGUUUAGACAUUGCACAUGGUUGUGAAUGGAGGAGAAGAUCUCUAGUGAGCUGCACCAGUGAGUUUGCCAUUGUUACUCUCACACCAUCUCUGUUUGCCUUGUUGUAACCUUGUCUUAUUGUUGCAGGGUCUGGGAGAAGUUGCAGCGAAUCAACGGGCCUCUAAUCAGGUUUCUUUCACUAACCAGAGGUAAUACUAGAAAAUAUAAAGUAUGUGAAGAAAAAUUAGGAGUAACUGAGUUAAGGAGUUGCAUAAUAAAAAUAUGCAAAUAUAACAUUUGCAAGUAGCACCUGCUAUGUAUACGAAUUAAUUAUAAAGUUAUGUUUUCAUUAUAUUAGGAGUAUAGUGUGUGGAGGGAAAAAUAUUAAACGUUCUGUUCGACAUAUAAACGUUUAGCCUGUCUAUAGAAUUGUUCCUUGGAGUUAAAGGAACCAAAAAUUACUUUCAAUCACAAUAGCAAACAUACCAUCACACCAAAUGCUGUUCCUGCAUUUUUGCAUACUUUACAUGCAAUGCCAGUCAUAAAGAAUCUUACUUUAAAAAAAAUAAAAUUGGGACCACUCUAGGCACCCAGACCACUUCAGAAUGAAGUGGUCAGGUCUCUAGGGUUAACCAUUUUUCAUUAUUAUUUUCAUAAUUAUAGCAGUUUUCAGAGAGCUGCUAUAAUUAUAAUUAAGUUAAACCUUCUAAUCCUCUAGUGGCUGUCUCAUUUGACCAGCCACUAGAGCGCUUUGCGAUACUUCUCACUGUGAAAAUCACAGUGAGACGCUCCAGCAUCCAUAGGAAAGCAUUGUAAAUGCUUUCCUAUGAGAGAUCUUGUGGCGCGGCUCUUGCGCGCGCGUGCGCAUUCGGCCGGCGUGAAGGCGGCGGAGAGGAGGAGGAGAGCUCUCCGCCCAGCGCUGAAAAAAGGUAAGUUUUUACCCCUUUCCCCCUUCCAGAGCCGGGCGGGAGGGGGUCCCUGAGGGUGGGGGCACCCUCAGGGCACUAUAGUGCCAGGAAAACGAGUAUGUUUUCCUGGCACUAUAGUGGUCCUUUAAAGGCAAGUAGUGGGUUUUUGCUCUGAGCACUUUUCUGUUUUUUGUUCAUGAUGUCCAUGACGUUAGCAUGAAAAAAAGAAAACUGCGUGGGUAACUUCAAUCUCUCUUUUUGCUGUAAUUGUGGCAUCAUAUUUCAAAGCUAUUGUUUGGCACAGAAAAACUGUUGAUAACUAUGAUUAAAGCUUUUACUCAACAGUUGUUUGAUGUGGGCAUUUAGCAACAGAUUGUAAACUGGGCUGCAAUUAAAUAGAUAGCAGAAACAUAUUUUUAUUUCAGUAUUUUAUAGAAAAGAAUAUGUUUAGGAGCUUUUUUUUGUGUCAGAUAAUAGACUAUUUUUUUAAGAAAUAUAAUGCAUGAUAUUACAUUUUAUUGCUCUUAUAUCCACAGGCGGCGCACCACGCAAAAUAGUGUUUCUAACUCAACACAUUUAGAGAUCAUUCUUGCACAAGAGCUAACUUUAAUAUCGUACUUUCAAAUAUAAGGGGGAGGGGGUAUAAUCACACUGUUUCAAAACAGGUUUUGUGCCUUAAGGUGCAUUUAAAUAAGCAUGUAAUGUUUUGAGUUCAGUAAAGUUUAGUCUAAAUGACAUCACUCUGUUUUUUGGAUCGAGUUCCAGCAUACAAUUCAGUUUAUGGUAGACUUGUGCAAUUCGUUUCGGUCCGAAUUAAAAUUUGGCCUAAUUUCGGGUAAUUCGGACAUUCGGGUGCUUCCGAAUGUCCAAAUAACUGAAGUGCCGAAUUUCCGAAGUGUAGUAGUGCUGAAGUGCCGAAGUUUCGAAGCACAGUAUUGCCUAAGUACUAAUAUACUUACCCAGUGAAAGAUGAAGAAUGUUACACUGUAUACAAUUUCAAAUAAAAAGUAUACAAACAUAGCCAGGAUUCAGCUGUAAGCAUUUGCAACACUUACAACAAUCAAGUAACAUACAUUCAUAUAAAAUGUAAGUUACUUAGCCAGUCAUGUAAUGACAGGGAGUUAUCUACUUAUUCAUUCCUAAUUCCCAUGGUAUUAGGGAGCUAUCAACUAAAAGGCUGAAAGACCUAAAUUGGUCUUUCAGCCAAAUUUACUAAUACUAAGUAAAGAUUACUUAGUAUUUGUAAAUUAUGCUCCUACUCGCUAUACUGUGAAUAGGGGUAUGUUUAUUGCCUGUGGCUGCUCACUGUAUUAAAAAAAAAAAAAGGUGCCCCCACCCGCGACGUGCGAGUGGGGGCUUUUAAACUAAAGGGGGGAACUAUUGCGCCCCGGCCCCCACCCCUGAGCGGUGGGUGGGGGCCCUAAAGUAAAAAGGGGGGGAGGGAGGACCUAUUCUCCUCCUCACCGGCCCCCACCCCUGAGCGGUGGAUGGGGGCCCAAAAUAAAAAUGGGGGGGGCAGAGGGGACCUAAUGUUCACUGUUUACUAGACAUGCCCCUACUCGCAGUAUAGCGAGUAGGGGCACAUUUUACUAAUACUAAGUAAUCUUUACUUAGUCUUAGUAAAUUUGUCUGAAAGACCAAUUUAGGUCUUUCAGCCUUUUGGUAGAUAACUCCCUAAUACCGUGGGAAAUGCCAAAGUUGCCGAAGUGUCUAAGAUCCGAAGUCCCGAAUUUCGGAAUGCCGAACCGAGACGAAUAUUUUCCCCAUGCACAUGCUUAGUUUAUGGUUCCUGAUGCUAUUAGGCAGUGAGCUAGCCCUACACUGCAGGUCUUAGCAGCUCUAGUGGUUAUGGUGCUUGGAUAUUUCUUUAAGAUAGGCUUGCUGUCUACAAAUGCAUUAAAAUGACAUGUUUGUUGUGCAAGUUAUGUUUAAUGUUUGCUCGUAAUGAAAGAUGCGUACGUCUGUCCAUUAGUGCUGACCGGCCCAACUCCCCUAUCAGCCGAAGGACAGACACACAGCAACGAGAGGUUUAUAGUCAUGUUAGCUACAAGGAUCUGGCAUGUUUUCCUGCCUCUCACAUAAUCCGCAUGGUGUCGUGUGCAAUAACUGCUAUAGAAAUAAUUUUGAAAAUAAGAAAGCUCGACUCUUACAUUAACAUUGCAGGUCGCGUUUUAAAAACGUCCGGGGAAAAUCGGUGAAAAAAAGCAAAGAUUGGAUUCUCGAGAAGAAAGAACGCCGUCGACGGCAGGGAAAGUAAGUAAUCCCACUGAUGUCUAUUUUGUAUUUCUUAACCCAUGCUCAGGCAGCCUUAAUUUUGGAAAUUGCUCAUCUAUUGAUUGCUAGUUGGAUUUACCUUUGAAGCUGUAAGCCUGGUCUUAGCUUUAAAGAGUGUGUUGAUUAUAUUUGUGUCCUUAGUGAUACGAGUCUCAAGAUGUUUUCUACCCAACUAGUAAGGCUUGUUUUCUAAGUCUUUUCUAUUAUAAAUUACUGCUACCUUCUGACCAAAUACAAAUCUAGGGACACUGUCACUUAACCCGUUACCGUUUCAGCAAAUAGAAAAUCUGUCUAAAAUAAAAAUAUCAGCAUUAUUUAUGUAGAUAUUUCUUGGACUCUUGUAAGCACUGUUCUUCUAGGGUGGUGUUAUUGGUUCCCUCUGUGAGCAGGAUGCAUGUUCCCAUCUGCACCUUGAGGACAGUGUGCCCAUCCGGGAGCUGUUUAUUUCUCACACCCUAACAAUGAAUCCCCUCUAUACAUGUGUCUGCACGCACGUAUAUAUGCCAAGACACCCAUUAGUGGCAUUGCCCACACUAGAACAUUGCCACGCUCUCAGAUUUUAAAUUAUUUAAUAUCUUAUUUUUUGGGAUGUGGUGUUGUGAACUGUAGGUAAUAUAAAUAUUUUGCAGUUUCCCAUAUCAUAAAUACAAGUAACAGGAUGAAAGCUCUGGAAUAUUGUGUAUUUGGAUUUUUUAUAUGGUUUUCUGUUAAAAAAAUAAAUAAAACAUUUGUAAAACCUUUUUUCUUUCUCUCCAGGGAAGUUCGUCCUGACACUAAGUUUAGUGGUAGAAACAGACGGCCUCACUUUUAAGGACUACGUUGGCUCUUUAAUUGCUGGAAGAAAUACUGUUGAGUAAAUCAACGAAUUUGAAACAACGUCCACCUUUCAGAUGGGUUUUGCAGUGUUUUUCCAAAGUGUGACCUUGAGGCGUGGCUGGUGAUAACCGUUCCUCUUGUGGAAUACAGCAAUAUUCAUGCUUCUUGGAGAACCAACACAUGUGAGCAGCGUUGGCCGGACAUUGCUGGGUGUCCAUGUUUGCAUAGAAAUUUAAUAUUUAGGCCACAUUGUGCGUAAGCCUGGAACUCUGCUUGAAACACCAAUAGCCAUUAACCAGGAGUAUAGUUGCUAUAUUACCAAUAUAUAUAUGUAUAUUUUUAUAACUGUAUUGUUUUUGGGAUUAUUUAACUUUUUCCAACAUUGCUGCUUAUUACCACAUUCACACUCUGGUACCUAAAUUGUCAUUGUCAUUGUUCUUGAGAUGACUCUAUUGACCCAAUUAUUCUCUUCCCCAUCACCCACAUGAGUGUUUAACCUUUAAAUUCUCUAUGAAUCUAGUAAUGAUCUGCAUGUUGCCCCUGGACAUAUACGUCUAAUUUUCCUUCGUAUUGCAUUUUCAUAGCAUAGCUCUCUGUGUAAUGAAACACAGCACUUAUAUAAUUUGUUUGGUCGGAGUUAAUUGCCUGCAUUAAAAUGUAAUACAGUGUGAUUGGUAACACAUGCAGUUUUGGAUACUGUCCACAAAAAGACACCUAGCAAAUGGCAUAACUGCAAAGUUAUGAGCAAAUAUUAUUUAAAGGGUCAAUAGUCACCAGAACAACUACAGCUUAUUGAAUUUGUUCUGGUGAGUAGAUUCAUUCCCUUCAGGCUUUUUGCUGUAAACACUGUCUUUUCAGAUAAAAUGCAGUGUUUACAUUACAGCCUCGUGAUAACUUCACUGGCCACUCCUCCGAUGGCUGUUAGAGAUCCUUCCUGGGUCAUGGCUGCCUAAAAUGCAUCCAAAUAUUCAGUAUCUCCUCCAUCUGCAUGCAGACACUGAACUUUCCUCAUAGAGAUUCAUCGAUUCAAUUCAUCUCUAUGAGGAGAUGCUGAUUGGCCAGGGCUGUGUUUGAAUCAUGCUGGCUCUGCCACUGAUCUGCCUCUUUGUCAGACCCAUGGGGAAGCAUUGUGAUUGGGUCAGGCCACCACUUCUGAUGAUGUCAGCAGACUGCUUGUUUUUCUGAGGCAAACGGUAUGCAGAUCUACAGCUUUAGGCUUGAAUACAGUUGUUAUAUUUAUGGAGGCAUGGGGGGCCCAGGGGGGCUAGAUGGUGGUUUUAACACUAUAGGGUCAGGAAUACAUGUUUGUGUUCCUGACCGUAUAGUGAUCAUUUAACUCUGAAAACUGUUGGUCUGUCACUAACUAAAGAACAUUACUUUUAACUUAUUAUUUUUAUUUUUUUUUUGUAAGAUUUAUUAGUUCUUUUAGCUACAUAACUAUGUGUGUAUGGUGUGCCUUAUUUACUGGAUGUUGCUGUAAGAACACAAUUGCAUGAUAUAAAAUAAGGAAAGAUUGUGUGUGUGUGUGUGAGUGUGUCUCUCUCAAUAAUAAUAAUUAUUAUUAUUAUUCCAGAAGAACAUUGAAUAAUGUGGCUGAUACACCUAAACUGCAGUAGGUUGAUUUAUAAUAUUAGAGAAACAUUAAAUAUAGUGCAUAACCAUCUGCUAAGUUAUGCCAUGGUAAAUGGUCAACAAACCACUGGGUGGCACUGUUGGAACAAAAAUCAGACUACAGUAUAACAAUAAUUAUAUUCAUAGGAACAAAUCUUACACUAGUAAAAUAGCAGAUGGCAUACAUAUCAUGCAGUUUGUAUUUAUUUAAUAACUGAUUAUGAAGAAACUAUUUCAAAAACUCAACAAUAAAGGAGAAAUAAAAUUAUCUCCCCCCCUUAUCUUUAUAGAGGCUUCUAAGCAACAUAACUACUACAGUGUGUUUUAGUGGCUAUAUAACUCUCUAAAGCAUGGGUAGUCAAACUGGUCCCUACUGCACACUUGUGGGCGGUUUGGGAUUUCAGGUGGGCGGGGGUGGGUUCUGCAGAAAACGCCCAGUGGGCCUCGAUGGCCGUGGACCCAGGCCGGCAGUGGAGAUCAUUUAAUCUCCCCUGCCUGCCCAUGCAGAGCCAGCCUUGGUGAGGAAAUCAAAGCACUUAGUUCCAGCAGAGGGAGGGAAGGGCCUGGCAUGCUCUGUGUUCCUCGCGCAAGCAGGCUUGUCGGAGCAUUGCCAUGCGUUACCAUAGCAACACUCCGGUACAGUGCUGUGCUCGCAGGAGAGUCAGCCUGCAGACAGAGGAGCUGCAAGCUAAAGUGGACAUGCCACCACUGGACCACCAGGGCUUGCAGCAUUAUGCCCCCCCCCCUGGUAAAAGGUAAGAAGAAGGGAGGUGAAGACAUUAAGAUAGAUUUUCACAUCUCACCCACCUACACACAGCAUAGACCCUUUGCACCCCUCACACACAAACACAGACAUUUCCACCUUCACACACACACUGUACCCCUCACACACACACACAUACAUACAUACACCGCACCUCCCAGACACAGAAAAAAGUGGAAUAGAAAAAAAGGGAAAAUUAAAAAAAAGAAAUUUUUUUUUUUUAAACCUUCCUUUCAAAUAAUAUUAAAAAAUAAAUCAAAUCGCACUUGUGCUAUAAAAUUAGUUACUGUGGCACUGGUGGGCGGUAAGGACACUUUACCAUCAACAAAGAUACAAAAGUGGGCGGUAGGUAUUAAAAGGUUGACUACCCCUGCUCUACCUUGCACUUAAACGAGGCUUUAAAGGUUGUCAGGGUGUUCUUGCUACUUCCAUCUGAAACUAUUUCAAGCCAAAACUCUUGCAAAUGCAUAGGUGAAAAGUUAUUUCAUGCUACAGUUUUUGAUCUCAUUAUUCUAACUACAAUUAAGAAAGAUGGAUGGCUCCGAUGCCAAGUGACACAGUGCCACCCAAUUCUAAGCAUACACUUGCAUGGAAGGGAUUGUGGAGAUGCCUCUCAUUUCACUGGGAUUUUGUUUUAUUUCACAUUAGAAAUUGUACAGAACUGACAAGGGAAUUGAAUAGUUCAGGCCAUUGUUUCUUAUUACGUGGGUAGCUGCUAUUUUUUAUCUUAGAAACAGGCAAUUUGGUAAAAGCUAAUGGGCCUAUUUCCUCAGUUUAAUCCUUUAUAACAUGCAUACCUUUUCCACCUCCUGCCACAUCGUAGCUGCAUGCUGUGAUUAAAUAGAGCAAAAAGUUCUACCAUCUUGUUGCUGCAGUUUGGGGAUCCUAGCACAGCCACACACUGGACUUAACGGAGAGCCACACCGAGAGAACUGGUGAAUGCUAAAAUCUAUUCUCAUUAUUGUGGUAGUGAUUAAGGAGAUAUUGUUGCUUUGCAGUUCUGUAAAAUUCUAUCUUGGACUGAACAUGCCAUAAUGUAUGACAAGUACCGAGCCAUCUGUAAACUCUAACAUUGUAUGCAGUGCUUCACUCAUAACAGUGUUUCUGAACAUGAAGUGGUCUGGGUGCCAGGUCCCCCUUGUUUUAAACUUGCAGCUGAAAACAGCAGUUUCAGAGAAAAUGCUAUGUUUACACUGCAGGGUUAAUCCAGCCUCUAGGGGCCGCUUCUACGAUUUACACAAAGUAAAUUGCACUUAUUUGACGCUGGAUGUCCUCACGAAUCUCCAGCGUCAAAAAAGAUCCCCAUAGCAAAGCAUCGAGUAAUGCUUUCCUAUGGGCGGGUUUGAAUGCUCAUUCGGCUCCACUCGGGAGUGACGUCGAUAGAGGAGUAGAGGUCACCAGCGCCGGGUUAAGGUAAUCCAAUAAAUGGUUAACCAUUUAUUUGCUGCGGAGCGGGGCCCUAGUCACUGCUUUAUAGUCUAAUGCUAUAGUGUUCCUUUAAUGUUUGGCAUGGUACCGUAAUGUACAGUAUAUCAAGUAAACAUAUCUUCUGACUUUAAUGCAGAGUAUAGAACUUAGGACAUUUAUCAAUGGCCAGAUUGCCUCUAAAUUGGUUAAUUCAGAACAGAUUCAUAUUUACAUUUGCUUUUUUUUAUCAAAAGUAUCAAGUCCUAACUGCAAUGAGUGAGCAGCAUUUCAGAAUAAAGGGAAACUAUAGUGCCAGGAAAACUCCUUCUGUCACUCACCUGUGUCCUGCGCCGAUGUCCCUUGAUGUUGGGUCAGGCUUUGCCUGCACUCCUCCCCUGUCGCUGACAGCCAGUGAGAGAGAUCUAAUGCGCAUGAUGGGAAUGGCUGCGCUUGCAUUAGUACUUUCCCCAUAGGAAUAUAUUAUACCGUGCUUUCCUAUGGGGAUUUGGGUAAUUCUGUCCUUAUACACAGCGUGAGGACAUCCAGCAUCAGGCAACCAAAAGUCAUCAAUGCGGCAGUAACUUUAGCUAUUUAUUGCAACUUUAGGCCACACAUUUAAAAUCUGUGGGCAAUACAAAAUAAGAUGGCUUAGCCCACAAAAAGCUUAAAAUGCUAGGCAAAUCUCUGUAUUUGAUCCUCUCAGCAUUUUGACAUGUAAAUGUUGCUUCUCUCUAAUGUUGUGGCACUUGCAGUAUGCAAGUCUUCUUCAACCUUGUAACUCUUGCUUACGACCCACGGAAAAGUCAGAACUGCAUAAUCCCCAUAUUUUAAAUUGUUAAUGUUCAUACAUGGCCUGUUUGUUGGAUCCUGAGAACAGGUUUGAAGAACAUGAAUCUAACAGGUGUGGACAAAUGGUAGGCGAUGGCUUUUAUUUUUAUUUUUUUGGCUGCAAUGUUGACAUAGGGUCAUGACAGUUCUAGUACUGCAACACCUGUGGAUCUACUUUCUGGCCAGCCCUGUUGGAUCUAGAAUGUUUCUUCUGGACAAUGAAUGGUGCAUAAAUGAACACAAUGGUAAAGUUCUUGAAAAAUAAAGAAAAAUAUUUUAAUAACAUUAAAGAGAAUAGUUUACAAUUUCUGCCUGCUGUCCCCUUUUUGUGGAAAUAGAGUUAAUCAACUGAACAAUGCUGACAGGUCUGAGGAGAAAUUACAUUUGUUGGAGGCAGGAAACAGGAGCCAAAAUCCGAGAACAUGGAUUAUUCUCGAAAAGUCACCUGGAUGUAUAGAGCAAAUAGUUCCAGUAGAUGUGUGCAGUGUGGCUGAAUACACAGGACUGGAUGUACUAGACUAACGUGAAAUAGAUGGACUAUGGAGUGCUAGAGCCAGUUUAUGUAAUUGUAACAAGAACUUGCAGUUGGUGAACUAUCUCUGGUAUUGCUUCUUUACGUAAACCUCUUCAGUUGUUAUCUAGACUGUGACGAGUGUGAGGUCCCUAAAAUGAUUUGCAAGUGACUGCUGGGUGAUGUGAGACAGCAAUAAUGACAUUCAUAAAAUACACAGCUAAUAAUUUGUAUCAAAGGAGUUGAUACACACGGAGUAUCUCUUGCAUAAGAACAUAUUUCUAUAACUGUUCCAAUAUACUGAUGGGAUAUUUGCAGAGAUAUUUGAUGUCAAACCUAACAACUCCAUCAGCCACUAUCUGGCACAUGCAUAUGUGACAUUCUGCACUUGAAUAGGCCCAUUCACACAGUGAGUUAUCUGAGCUUAAAUGGCCAUUUAUUUGUGCUCUCCCCUGCCACAGGUACAGUUUACACAACUGUCUAAUGUUAAAUUACCAUAAAACCGGGACAUUUUAUAACCGUGACAUAUUGCAUUAUCAUAUCUUUAUAGUCUUUGUUUACGUUUCACAUCAGGUUUCGGCUAGGGUGUAAUGGUAUGUUUAAGAAUCUGAGUUGGUCUAUCAGUAAUUCAUAAACCAGCUGGAGCUUUGAGACAAGCAACAACAACAGUCCUGAGGCAAGAGGCUGACCAGCAGGCCCCUCCAAGAACCCUUGACAAGGUUCAGUUUGUCACAGGGUAGGAGGCUGGCAAACAGGCCCCUCCAAAAGCCAGUGACGAGGUUCCUUUCGUCACAGUCUUCAUCGUACACAACAGCACCUGUCAAGGAUCCUUAUCUCCUAUUUAUUUCUACUUUGUUUAGAACUUCUUCUCUAAGUUACCAUGCUUCAGUCAACUCUGAGGCAAGUCACACAAAAAGUUUCAAACUGCAGAUUUUAAUAGGUACAUCAAGUUGCCAUGGCAACAUUUCACCCACACAACAUGGCCUUUGUCAGGUCUUCAUUGUGUGGUCAAAACAUUGUCAAGGCUGCUUGAUGUACCUAUUAAAUUCUGCACUUUGAAACGUGAGUUGUGGCUCCUUACACAAGGUUUCAGCAUAUAUUUGGAGACUCACAACCUCUGAGUUCUUGAACACCAAUCCAUACUGCAGAUGAAUGAUUGAACAUAAUUGCAGUCCCUUACUUGUGUAAAUUGAAGAGAUCUCUGGCUUUGAAACUUAUAGAAAUAUCUUUAAUGCGUCUUUUUAUGCUGACAAAGUCCCACACAAUGUUUAGAACCCCUACUGACACUUCUUACCUCACUGGGAAAUAUCAGGUUAUAUAAACAUACACAGAUGUGGCCUCUUACACCAUAUAUAAAACCUAACUUUCCUUUCCAUAUAUGCCCCUCAUAUCACAUACCUGGCUAUUACCCUGGUCAAUGUCCUGUCACACCUUUAAGAAAUUAACUACACUCUUACAAUGUGAAGCAACUGUAGACCUUCAGUGCUGGUAAAAUAUAAGCAUCUCCUUGCUAAGCUAAGUGGCAUGUAUCAAAAUGAACCGCCUUUUCGGGGGUGGAGCCUGGAGCCAAACCUGAACGGACGCACUUACACAGAGCUCCGAACAAUCGACGAAAAUCCAAAUCAAUCCGAGGCACCAGGGUACCAUCAGGUGACCCAAACACCAGUUGACAUGUAAAUAAAAAUGUGCAGAUCUAGCUGACAUUACAAGUUGGAAUCAACAGAUAAAAGUAUGCCUUAACUAUGUUGUGAUGUCAUCUAAUAAUCAAAACCCGCAAGGCUGUUGUGGCCAGGCGGGCUGUUUUGUAAUUAACCAUGCACUCAAAAAUAAAGAAUAAAAAAAAAAAAAAUGAACCCCCUUUUCAGUUUACAUUUAUUUUAAGUUUUACCCAUCCCAAGUCUAACCCUCACCAUGUUUGCCAUCUUUGAGGACAGUCAUUGGCCAUUUGGUGGAUCUCUUGUUCCAGGGCUCAUUAAUCUGCUUGCACCACAGGAAACAUAUCUACGCACACGUGAGAAACCGAGUCAUUGGCAGGACAUAUAGAAAACCACAUAUUGUUUGAAGACAACAUAAGAAGCUAAUGCUUUCAGUCUAUCACUGCCACCUGUUCAUUGCUUGAGCUAAUGGUUCCACAUUAUCCUGAGCAUUGGAGGAGAGGCAGAAGACUAAUGCCUGUAGAUACUUCCUCAGUGUUAUACGGUUCAAAAACAGUUUCACACUUGAAGGUAAGAUGGUAUCAGGGGACUCCAGGCAUCAUAACCACUUCAUUAAUAUGAAGUGGUUGUAAUAUUUUUGCAAUUUUGUUACC